AUGAAUGUAUCAGAAACUGAUCUCAAGUUAGUGUGCCAAGCAAUUGUUAGUGAGAGAUCAAGAGGGAUUUUUUAUGGUGACAUUCCACUUGACCAUGCAACUCCAACGGUUUUGGCACAACUCAGCUUAUCUUCUUUAUUCAGUGCCUUGACACAAUACAUUCUCACCCCACUUGGUGAAAGUGCUUUCAUUUCAAUGCUGCUGGUAGGAUUCGCCCUGGGACCAACUCUCUGGGGUGAUAAUCAUUCCUUCUUGUCAAAAGUGUAUUCAGCGAAAAGUAUCAACGUCAGUGCAACAUUUGCCUUCUUUGGAUGCAUUCUUUAUCUAUUUUUGCUUGGAAUAAAAUUGGACCUGGGAAUGGUAAAGAGAGCAGGAAGGAAAACCGUGGUUAUAGGCUUCUUUACUUUCCUUUUUCCGAUAACAUUGAACUUAAUCGUGGCUGAAAUUUUAACCACAAAUAUGGAAAUGGAACCAUAUCUACAUGAUUGUGUUCCUUACAUUGCAGUUUUUCAAUCUGUUACCUCCUUUCAUGUCAUUGUCUGCCUCGUCACUGAUUUGAAGCUCAUAAAUUCGGAGCUUGGCCAGUUAGCAAUAUCUUCAUCAAUGAUCAGUGGCACUUGUAGUUGGUCCCUGACUUCUUUUUUCUUACUCAUAGAUCGAGAGGAAACUCAUGAUUUGAUUGCAUUGAUUUUAAUCUUUGCAAUAUUGCUGGUGAUAAUCAUAUUCUUUCUAUUAAGGCCCUUAAUGACUUGGAUGAAUGGGAAAACAUCAGAAGGAAAACAGGUCAAAGAGACGUAUGUUAUCUCCAUCUUUAUCAUGCUGUUAGGAUGUGCAUUCCUGAGUGAAGUUUUUGGGCACCAUGUGUUAUUUGGGGCUGUUGCUUUGGGCAUGGCAGUGCCACAUGGUCCACCAUUAGGAUCAGCACUAGUCAACAAGAUUGAAUCAUUUGUUUCUUCCAUUCUCCUGCCGAGCUAUUUUGUGUUCAGUGUCGCUGGUGUCAACAUACUUUCGAUACAUAUGAAAACAGUUACUGUUGUCAGUAUAUUUGGUGUAAGCAGCUUCAUUGGGAAACUUUUAGGUGGCAUGUUGCCUGCACUCUACUUCAACAUACCUCCAGUUGAAGCAUUUUCAUUAGGCCUUGUAAUGAGUUGUCAAGGCGUUUCGGAUGUCCUGCUCAUGCAGCACGGCAAAUUCCUCUCCCUUCUUGACACUCAAAUAUAUAGUAUCAUGGUCAUCAACAUGCUUUUUUUGUCAGGGACCUUCACACCGAUAAUCAAAUUACUCUACGAUCCAUCCAAAAAGUAUGCAUCCUGCCAAAAAAGAACAAUCCAACAUACUAAUCUCCACAUGGAGUUCCGCAUUCUGGCCUGCAUAUAUCACCAAGAUUCCACCCCUUGUAUCAUUAGACUUCUUGAAGUAACCAAUCCAACAGCCAAGACUCCCAUGUGCUGUUAUGUAGUCCACCUGAUCCAGCUCACGGGCAGUUUAAUCCCACUCCUUGUGCAUCAUGAGCCAGGAAAAAGUGCGAAAUUCCAUGCUAAGGAUUCUAGUCAUAUCAUCAAUGCCUUCAGAUUAUACGAGCAAGAGUGCAAUGGGAAUGUUGUUGUCAACUUAUUCACAUCCAUAUCGCCUUUUUCCACCAUACACGAAGAAGUUUGUAGGCUUGCUGCAGAGAAGAGCACAUCAUUGGUGAUCAUCCCAUUUCACAAGCAAUGGAGACUUCACGGGAUAGAAAACAUUGCAGAAGCCAGGUCUGUUAAUCGUCACAUUCUGGAGAAGGCUCCAUGCUCCGUAGGAAUCUUGGUCAAUCGAGGCACCUCAAGUGCCUCCAAAAAUAAUAAUUUAUACGACAUCGGAAUCUUUUUUGCUCAUGGAAGUGAUGAUAGAGAAGCAUUAGCAUACGGUUUGCGAAUGGCUAAACACUCUAAAGUUGCUCUCACCGUGAUCCAUUUGAUCGAUCUAGCCAGAACAAGCCAGGAUUUUCAUGAGAUGGAGCUUGACAAUGACAUUAUCACCGAAUACAAGAUCCAAUCCGCAGGAAAAAGGCAACAUUCGUACAGACAGGAAUCCGUAAACGAUUGCGUAGAAUUGAUUAGGCUGAUUACAUCUAUCGAAAAUUCAUUUGAUCUAAUUUUGGUGGGCAGAUCCUAUGGCAGCUGCUCACCAUUGUUUGAGGGACUUACCCAAUGGAGUGAGUUCCCAGAGCUGGGAUUCAUGGGAGACAUGCUAACAUCAUCAGAUUCCCAGUGUCAGGUUUCUGUGCUUGUGGUGCAACAACAAAUUUCUAGAGCUUAA